AGUUUCCCUUACACGGUACGUUUUCUGUAAGUGGGGCCCCUUACCGAGCGUAGCGCCUCGCCACUGGGGAGAAAGCUGCGGGACACCUGCGGAUUCUGUGCACACCUCUCUCUACACACCUGGUGUUCCUGUCAACAGAAGGGGAACCAGUUAGCAUGGCAGGUGUGGCUAUCAACGUUAUCCUACUGGCUGUUUUGUCUGUGGCAGCAGCGGACACCUGCACACACCCCAUCACCUGGUCCUGCUCUGCUCCACCUCAUCUCACGCUCAAGUUCUCCAAGGUGACUGUGACGGAAUGUAAUGAAAACAAUAGCAAGGAUCUCUUUAAGACGCUCCUGAGCAUCUCCUACACUGGCAAUAACAUCGAUCAGCAGAGCAAGACAUACACAGCAGUGAUGGUGGAUCCUGACGCCCCUAAUCAUGCCAACGGAGAAGCAUGGCUGCACUGGAUCCGCUCUGGGCUGACGGGCAAAGAUCUUGUGGACGGGACGAUGCUCACUGGCCAGGAUAUCAUGGAAUACGCCCCACCCACGCCACCAAACAGAACUGGCAUCCACCGCUACUUCGUCUUCUUGUUCGAGGAAACUAAACCGGUGACGGCGACGAAGGAUUUGGGAAGACGCAAGUUUGACCUGGCAGCAUUUGCUAAGAAUAACCAGUUGUGUGGACCUCUUGCUUCCAAUAUGUUCAAAACGCAAUAUUAACUCCAAUGCUUGUUGUCUUGAAGCUUCAUGAAUUGUCUCCACCCACCAUGAACAAGGAGACAAAGCAGCACAUUGAUUUGUUUUCUUUUGUUAAGGCAGGGCAACUUUCAGUAUUUUAAUGCCCAGUUAUUAUGAUUAUUAUCAUGUACUAUGUAUUAUGAUUCUUUAACGGCGCGCUGGAGUGAUUCAAUACCUUCAUUGUGCUUUUUGCUUCAUGGUUUUGGUUCAAAGUAUUGUUUCAGAACGGUUACGUCGGUCCACUUACAGAGGAGCAACAUUACGACUGGUUACUUACGUCACUACUACUUACGGUGAAUAAACAUUGCUUACCCAA